GCUCUGCUUCUCACUGGCUAGCUAGCUGGUAUGUCUUUGUUCAAGGCUCGAGAAUGGUGGAGCACGGUCAGUGGAUAUGAGGAGUUCCAUGAUCUAGGCUGUCUGGCUCUGGGUAACCUUGACAACUCGCCCACCACACUAGAUAAAAUAGUGGUUGGCAGUUUCCAGGGACUUGUGCGUAUCUAUGAGCCCCGCCCACCUCAGUUCACCCCGGGUCAUGUGAUACUGGAGCAGCAAUUCUCCUCCCCCGUAUUACAAGUAGCCAUUGGACGCUUCGUGCAGGGCUCCCCCCAUUACCACCUGGCGGUGCUCCACCCACGAGAGCUUGUCGUGUGCACUUUGACCUCUGAUGAGACGUCUGAUGGGAGUGUGGUGAACCUAUUGACCCCUGUAUACAGCCACCUCCUCCAGCGCACAGCUUGUAACAUGAUCUGCGGCCCAUUUGGAGGCAGCAAAGGCUGUGAGAGCGUGUGUGUGCAGUCAAUGGAUGGACAGCUCUCUUUCUUCUCCCAAGAGAGCCACACCUUCGACUGCUUCUUGCCUGACUUCCUCUUGCCUGGUCCGCUGGCCUACCUGCCUAAAACUGAUGCUCUAGUCACUGUCAACUCGGCACAUUAUCUGCAAGUGUUCCGCUACCAAGCCCUCUCUGUGGGGGGUAGUGCUGUGGGGGGUAGUGCUGUGGGCGGUGGAACUACUCGAAACUCGGGCAAAAAGUUUACAGCAGAUUGGAGUGCUAAUAUUGGAGAGGGUGUGGUGGAUGUGUGUGUGGUCUCGCCACCUACUGGCAGAGCUCAGAUCCUUGUGCUAGGAGAGAGAUCUGUCUUCUCGUUCAAGGAUAAUGGAAUAUUGCGAUUUAUGAAAAAACUGGAGUUUAAUCCAAGCUGUUUCCAUGGUUACAGCACCACACCACCCCCAGAAGGAGAGGACAGUGGGAUGGUGCAGUACCUGCUGGGUACACACACAGGACAGCUGCUGGUAUUGCGGGACACCACUCUGGUCUGGGCUGCCUCCCUGGAAUACACUCCAGUACAACUAGCCACCGGGGCAUUCAGGGAGCUGGAGGGUGUGAUCGUUUCAUUGGACGAGCUAGGUCACCUGACAUGUAGCUACCUCGGUACAGACCCCACCCUCUUUGCUGCGGCCCCCCACAGCUCUCAGAGGACCAUUAACUAUCAGGAGCUGGAGAAUGAGAUGUCUCAACUCAACAAACAGAUCAGAACUUCUCAGAAAGGGGGACUGUUAUCGGAGGGGGGUGUGGCCUCUGCUCUCCUCAUCACCUCAUUAGUCGACGCCCACUCGGUGCGUACUGUACAACUAGAUGAAGAGGAGGGUGGGCUUAUACAAGAUAUGACCACACCCAUCAAGAAGUGUGUGGAGGUGAAAGUAACACUCAGUUCAUUGUCUGGUCCUGCUCUGAGGAACGUGACUAUGUGUGUGAACUCACAACUCCCACUCACUACACAUCCCUCACACUUCACACUCCCGGAGGUCUCCUCCACACAAGACCACGCCCCCCUUGUACUGACAGUGGUGGCCACGCCCACACUCCUCCCCACCUCCACACACCUCACACUAUCAGCCACCUACACGUCCAACGAAGGACUGCCCCAGGCUAUUAGACAUGAGGUUGAGUUACCAGUUGACUUGUUCUGUGAGCCAGGUCUCCCAGACAAGACUGCAACUCACAAGAUAACUGUUGAUGUGAACCACUAUGUCAAAGAGCUGACUCAGCUGUUCCCCCGCCCACUCAUUCAUCCCUCUGCCCCUAACAACGCCAUGGCUCUCUCAUUCCUCAACUCCACCAAGCUGACAAUAGUUGCGUCCCCAUCCUCCUCACGCUAUCGUCUCCAGUCAGAUAGUUUAGCCGCACUGGGGGUGGGACUAAAGAUUCUACUGGGCAUGCUCAGUAGACAUUUUGCCGGGAGUCUCCCGGUAUUUCAAGCCACCUUUACACCGCCACUCCCACUCAACGAAUACUUUGAGAUCAUUGAGAGACAUUAUAGAUUGAGAGCUAAUAUUGAGCAUUGCAAGGAGUGGCUGAGUCGCCACGCUCAACAGUUCAGGUCUAUUCAGAAGCGCCUCCUCACACGGUUCAAGGACAAGACACCAGUUGGUCUGGCUCAUCUGGACACACUCCUGGAUGGUACAUACAUGCAGUUGAUGUCCCUGGCUGAAAAGAAUGAGCUAUUCUUACUAGAGCUGCAAGAGUGCUCCAACCAACUCUCGUGUGCCACACUCCUCAUCAACACAUUGCUUAGGUUAGCAACUUCUAUGAGUGAUAGUGAUUACAAUGUUCUCACGGCCGCCCUCUCCCCUCGGGUAACCACGGAGACAGAUCAGGGGUGGGAGGAGUCUACAGAUGCGGCAGUUACACAUCUCCUUCGUACCACAUUGUCCAAGAGUCAGAAGGAGGCCACUCUCUCAGUGGCUGCUGUGGAGAUGCCAUCAGAGAGCUCUAAACUGAAGAAACACAUUGCACUGUUGUGUGAGAGAGUUCUCAAAGGAGGGCGUCCAGCAACUGGGAAAAUAGAGGCAACCCAAUCACUUAGUACAGAGGAGGACUCCCCCCUCACUACCAGCACACCCUCCACACCCCUCACUACCAGCACACCCUCCACUGGUGCUGUUUCAUCAGGUUCAAAGGUCAGCCGUAGGAAGCCACACUCCUCUCGUCUGCCGUCCCUCCCUGAAGUGGGAGAAAGUCCUGAGACACUGUAGACUGAUUAUUAUACAUGUACAUGUACACAUUGGCAUAAUAAUGUUUCUUUACAAUAAUAAUAAUACGUUUUGUAUUGUUAUAAUAACAUUAAUACGGUUUUCAUCGUUACAAUAACAUUAAUACUACUUGUAUUUGUGGUA